UUGAGUUUGAUUGGCUGUUUUUGAGUUUGUUUGGCGGUUUGCUCUGGUUUUGAGCAAACGAUAUUAUAAUGCAUUAUUUGUAACGUCAUAAAGUACAGUGUUGCGUUUUGUUGUUGGACUUUUAGAAUGGACCCCACAGUAAGGAAACUUUUGGUACGAAUAUUGCGGAAAAUACCAACCGGAAAGUUAGAGGAAACGUUGAAAAAGUGGACACACCUAUCAAGAAAUCAGCAACAGUCUUUGGACUACAGUCAGCCGAAAUGGAGCUUACAUGAAAACAUUGUUUCUCUUUGCCAGGAGAAUGGUUUGACAAUGCGGCAUGUGAGUGAACUGGAGAUGAUCUAUUGUAUGGAAACUCCCAAGCUGACCACUUGGAGGGCUUGCCAUCUUACAGGCGCUGAAGACGAUGCUUCAUCUGUGGAGCUGAUCUGUUUUAAGGAGCAGUUCAAAGCCCACUUGUCAGAGCUGAUCAGAAAUGUUUCCAUCAAAAUCAAGAAGCAUGAUGAUGAGUCUGUUUGGAUGCGCAUUGCUUGGGGAGACACCUUCAGCAAGCCCAACCAUUUAAAGCCUACAUAUGUGGUGCAUUAUCUUCAAACACCAUAUGUUUUCAUCUGCAAUUUAAGUUCAAAGAACAAGCCCCUGUUGUUCCAGGCCCUGGUCUUUGCCACCAGACACGCCGCCAUAAAGGACGCAAAUCUCAGUGGCCGAAGCUUCCAUGCAAUCAGAGACUUAUUGAUGGGCCACUACAAUAAGACGUUUCCAACAAAUCAUUCAAGACCUUUGAAGGAAAGAAACCAUUUACCAACACAUCCAAAUAUCGUAAAGGAGCACAUGGAGCAAGCUGAGAAAAGACAUCAGGUCGCCUGUGAAACAUUUGGCGAAGGAGACGUUCCUAAAUUAGAAACUGCCACAUACAUGUUGGAGACCAGGUUCAGGGGUGGAGGUGGUUGUGCAGAGGACAGACAGUUGAAAACGGUCGUCACAUUUGAAAGCAAAAGUCUGCUGGAAUCCUUACGGUACUCUGCGACUUCAGGUAUGGCAGAUUCCACAAUCUCCCCUCUGCUGUCAUCUAUCACGCAGAAAGGAAGAAAUCAUUUUGUCAUCACAGACAAAAGAGACAAAGGACCUGACAAGGCUGCUCAGAGCUUGAUGUCUUAGGGAAUUCAAGGCAACAUGUUGAUGGACUUGAUUGACGAUGCUGAAGAUGGGCUAUUUCUUAAUACAGAUUUUUUUUUCCCCCUCAUUCUAUUAUCUAAGUGCAUAAACGGCACCCUUUUUUGUAUUGUUUCAUAUGACACUUUAAAUAUAUUAUUGAUCACAGCAUGCAAGAGUCUAACUCUUUGUAUUUGUUUGUCUAUUUUUGUUGUAAUAAAGAUACUAAACAAAUUGG